AUGUCCACUUCAAUUGGAACUUCGCAGGAAUUGGAGCCGAUUGGUCUCAGAAAAUUGACAACUCUCCUCAACUACGAGAGAGCAACGUCUGAUCCCUGCUUUCAAGGUGUCAAGCUUAUGUCGUCGAGCGUUACAGAUCCAAAGAUGAUUCAGCAAUUGACUUCGGUGAAAGCAUGUCGGGAUCUCAUAGACCGAGCUCCUCCAUCUAUUAAGUACUCAUUUCCAUCGCCUCAAAUUAUAUCCAUAAGCUGAUGGCAUAGUAGGAAGACAAUUUGGUCAACUGUCGCAUAUGACCCCACACACAGAAACAACUCUGAAUUCCUAGCUGCAACCUGCGAGAUCCAUCCUCUAGCUUCUGAUAAAGUCAAAGCUCUCGCAUCUGCUCAGCGAGAUAGUCUCUAUUAUGGGCUUCUUGGUGAUGAGGGGUGUUGGGAAGCGAUCGCGCUGUACGAGAUCUUCUUUGUUCAUUGUGAGCGAGGACAAAAAGUAUCUAUCCAAGUAGGCAAGGAGGUAAGACCGUAGCCGACCGUUCUGAAUUAUCCACAAAAGCUUUUACCAAGCAGCACACAUCUAACUUGCUUACCCAGCCACCACAUUUGGUAGACCUAAGUGAUCACUUUAUCAUUGAGCUGAAGAUACAACACCCAAAAAUCCUCACUGUCGUCGCCGGCCUCCCAGAAACCAGCGUAAACGGCUUCCGUGACGAACAAGCUCAUGCUGUAUUAGCCUUCAGUGCCGACCCCUCAUCCCCAGGUAUAGUGGUCGAUAUGUCUCGGCUCCAAUAUGGUGAUUCUGGACGGGGUGAUUAUGGUGAGAACUACUACCUUGGAAGACUUCCGACUAUCUUGAAUCCUUCAAGAAGUUGUACGGGAAUAUUGUGCCUCUCAAUUCCAAGCCACCCGGGCUUUACAAGUCCAGUAGGAAGGAGCGACGUGAGUGGCAAAUAG